CUAAAAAAACUGUUUGAGAGCCACUGACACCAACAUAACCUAACUUUUUGUGUCCAAAAAAACGUGUUCAUUUUAGUUGAUUUGAAACGUUUUCUUCCAAUAUUCCGGAAGUUUUAACAAAUAUUUAACGAAGUGAAAGUAUAGGUUAAGAAAUGAAAAUGCCUCUGGACUCGGAUUGUAUUAAGGAAAUUGUAGCUUCUGCUACAGAUUCAGAGUCAGGACUUUUGUAUCUGUUCGCAAACAUGCAAAAUCCUGAAAGUGAAAAGUCUGUAAUUAUUGCUGUGAAUAAUUUAUUGGCAAAUGGAAAAACUCGUCUGAAGGGUUUACAACUGUUGAAAGAUUUACUUUUGUAUUGUUCGCACGAAGUCUUUGUUGAAAAUGCUUUACAAUGGGCAAGUUAUUGUAUGGUUCAACAUGUGGAAGAUGGGAGUAAAGAAAUAAAACUAAAUACCUUAGCCAAAAUUAUCGAGAAUUCGAACGACAUCGAAACCUUCAACAAAAAAUUUGCCACCGAAUACUUAUCCACAACACUGAAAGCCUGUCUCGUGACGCACAACAACGAUGAAAAAUUGUCCUGUUUGAAGUGCUUGGCCCAAUGCAUGAAACGAUUCCCGACUUGGUUUGGAAACCACAAACAAAAAGUUGAAGCUUUCCUAAUUGAAAAUUUAGAUAACUCGUGCGAGGAAUUAACCAAAUGGGCUGCUACAGCUUUUGUCUAUUUUCUCGAGACCGGAGGUGCCGGAGUUAACGGAAUUAACUACAUUAAUAAUUUUGAGCUACAAUUUCGAAAAAUCUGUGCCACUAUUCAAUUCUUGUACGACACGUUUCUCGAAAACGUACCUGAAAUUAACAACACGUUGAAAAUCGAGGCAGAAAUUUUCAAAUUCAAGGAAUUCUCCGACCCGAAUAAAAUUUUCGAAAUCACUGGGACUAGAAUUACAAACUGUUUAAUUUUUCUCCAAACUUUGCUAGCUAAACAAUAUUCCGUCGAGAAGCGAAUUGUUCCAAAGUUCGUUGUCGAUAUUAUUUGCAGAGGCCUCUCCGUUCAUUUAUGUUUCUCACGAGUUAUUACCGACGAAGAGAUUAAUAAAUUAAUUAGUCUGAGGAACAUUCAGCUGCACUUACUCAAACUUCUGCGCAUUUUCACUACAGGGUUUCAGCCAAGUUUAUUACCUUUUGCUUACGAACUGAAGAAAAGUUUGGCAAGUGUUGCAAAGCGAACAGAUGUCUGCAACUGUUUCACUUACGACACAAUUUUUAAAACUGAACUUUAUAAAGCAUUGCAUAUUUGGCUAAUGUUGAGCAAAAAUGUGAAUGAGACUUAUCUGGAGGAGAUUGUUGUGCCAAUGGCUAUUAAAGACAUUUCUCCAGUUCGCAAAAAUGUUUUGCUUAAUUUGGAUGUUUCAAAAAAGGGAAAAUCUGCGAAUCAGAAGGAAGUGAAGGACAGUGUACAAAAUAAAAAAAUUUUGGCAAAUAAUGAAAGUUUUCAUAGAGGGAAUGACUGUAUUAAUGCACUAGAAAUGUUGAAAUGUUUGCUGAAGGGGAGCUGCUUGAGCUACAACCAGACGCUGCUACAGGAAAUAGUCUCAACUCUUGUUGGAAUCGUUUCUAACUUGCAAAUUAACAAAGUGGUUCUUCCAUACUCUGACCCCAAAUGUCAAGUCAAGUUGUACGAGGUUUUAAUUGCAAUUUUUUCGCAAGAAAACGUCCAUUCUUUGUCGUCUUUGCAUUCGUUCGUUAUAAUUUUUACCAACGGAGCAAGGAGUUCGAAUCAUAGGAUAUCUCAGAUGUCGAGGGAAGGGUUAGAUUUGUUGGAAAAAAUUAGUCAACCUGUUUGUGCUUCAUUGUACGUUUGCGAGGCGAAAUCCAGUCAGCAAAUCACUUAUUUUGAUUCGCUUGGUUCAGAAAUGGAUGUAGCGAUUGAUAAAGACGAUAAUGUUACUUCUGAAGUGUCUCAAGAGAAUCAAGCGGAAGAAAACGGAACUGAAGAGAAAAAAAUUCAUAUUAUAAGUGAUAUUGUGAUUCCUCCUCAACCAGAAUUUGCAAAAGCGAAUGAAGAGAUCGUUUUUGUUGAUGAAAUGGAAAUCGAAGUUGUGGAAAGCAAUGGUGUAGACGAAAAUUUGGCGGAAGUAAGGAGGAGUUCUGUGUCAUCAUCUUGUGAUAUUGUAAUGGAAGAAAAUACGAAGAAAUUUUCAAUAGAAGUUAAGGAUGAUAACGAAGAUGAUUUGGAGGAUAUGUUUAGUAGCUUUCAGGACGUUGUGCAGGAAUAAAUUAAAGUCGUAACUUC